AUGCUCGCUGACGUUGCCGUGCCGCCAUCCUCGUCAACGGCGCCGGGGAGCAACACGGCCGUUUCUGACUACUUUCUUCAGAAGAUCCACGAACUUCGCGCAACGCAGAAGCGCACCCUCGACAAUUUUGAGCGACUCGAAGCCCAGCGCAAUGACCUUAACCGCCGUGUCCGCCACCUCAAGGAGGAGGUGCAGAUGCUUCAGGAAUCCGGCUCCCUGGUCGUGGACGUUGUCAGAGUAAUGGGCAAGAACAAGGUGCUGGUGAAGGCUGGUUCUGGUCAGGGAAAGAUGGUGGUGGAUGUGGACAAGUCGGUGGACUUCAAGGACUUGACCCCCAACGCCCGCGUUGCCCUGCGCAGCGGCACCUCGGCAAUCCACUACAUUCUGCCCACGAAGGUCGACCCGCUCGUGUCGCUCAUGAAGGUUGAGAAGGCUGGCAAGGAGUCAACCUAUGACGAGAUCGGCGGCCUGUCGCGCCAGGUGAAGGAGAUCAAGGAAGUGAUCGAGCUCCCCGUAAAGCACCCAAAGCUGUUUGAGGCUCUUGGUAUUGAGCAGCCGAAGGGUGUGCUUCUGUAUGGCCCGCCUGGCACCGGUAAGACCCUGCUUGCGCGUGCGGUGGCACACCACACCGACUGCACCUUUAUCCGUGUCAGUGGUGCGGAGCUGGUGCAGAAGUACAUCGGCGAGGGUGCCCGCAUGGUGCGUGAGUUGUUUGUUAUGGCGCGCGAGCACAGCCCCUCAAUCAUUUUCAUGGAUGAAAUCGACUCCAUCGGCUCCUCGCGCCUGGAGUCGGGCGAGAACGGUGACAGUGAAGUGCAACGUACCAUGCUUGAGCUCCUGAACCAGCUGGACGGCUUUGAGGCCUCCAAAAACAUCAAGGUGAUUAUGGCAACCAACCGCAUGGACAUCCUUGACGAGGCGCUGCUGCGUCCUGGUCGCAUCGACCGUAAGAUCGAGUUCCCCGCCCCAGACGAAGCGGCCCGCUUUGAGAUUCUCAAGAUCCACUCGCGCAAGAUGAAUCUGACGCGCGGAAUCGACCUCAAGGACAUUGCCAAGAAAACGUCCAACUGCUCCGGCGCCGAGCUGAAGGCGGUGUGCACCGAGGCGGGCAUGUUUGCCCUACGCGAGCGCCGCGUGCACAUCACGCACGAGGACUUUGUGCUUGCUGUUGCCAAGGUGAUGCACAAGGACCAGGACAAGAAUGUGUCGUUGAAGAAGAUGUGGAAGUAG